UCAGGCAGGGUUUUCAUCAGCUUCGGUGUCUGCGACUGAGGAACAAUUAUUGUGAGCUCUGGACGCAGCGUGGCCCCGCAACUCUAGACAGUACCCUGUCCUUUUCCCGUCUCUCUUCUCUCAGACCCACGAUCCAUAACCGGGCCCCGGGGAAUUUUCUGCUGACGAACGAAGAUGCUGACGCCAUUUCAGCGGCGCAUGCGCAUCGCUGGGACCUUGACUUAUAGACAGGUGUCUCGGUCGUGUUGUUUUCUGGGUAUAGACGCAGCCAUGGGUGACUCUUACAGUACAUUUCGUGCCAGUCCGUAGGACGUAUUCGAAAGUGGUAGAAACGGCAAAGAAUUUGUCAUUGGGAAUCACAAACAACAUUGCGUCAGUUUUGCUGUCUGUCCAGAUAUUCAGGGAAUGACCAGAUAUUUCAAUUGUAACAUCAAUAUACCUGUUGUUGAUCUUUGGAGAUGAAGAAUUAUUUCAUCCCAGUUGAAAACAUGCUUUGUGUCUGAAAUGAAGUUUUCUGUUUUAACUCAAUGAAAUCCACUUGGAACCGAGGUGCUGAGAACAUACUAGCAUCUGUUCACCAAAGAUAAUUCUUUAACUACAUUGAUUGUGCAAGGGAUUCACUACAUCUAAUAUCUGCCUUGAUGAAUUGCUAGAAAAUUGAUAGCAGGGAGAUAACUUCUCAAUGUGUGAAGAGAUUCAUUCACUCAGCAACCCAUAGACACACCAGUGAGUUCACAGUGGUGAGAGGCCAUUCACCUGUUCUGUGUGUGUGAAGGGAUCUACUCAAUCAUUCAGCUCGAAGAUAAGUCAGCACGUUCACAACAUAGAGGGUUCACCUGUCUGUCUGCAGGAAGCAAUUCAUUCUGUCAUCCAAGCUGAAGGUACAUAAGAAAAUUCACAGCAGUGUCAAGCUGUUCACCUGUUCUGUUUAUGGUAAGAGAUUCACUCAGUCAGCUGCUCCACUGACACUGGAGAGAGGACAUACAUCUGCUCUGACUGUGGGAAGAGAUUCAUUUAGUCAUCUGACCUACUGGCACACCAGUCAGUUCACACUGGGGAGAUGCCGUUCACCUGCUCAGAUUGUGGGAAGGGAUUUACUCAGUUAUCCCACCUACUGACACACCAGUUAGUUCACACUGGGGAAAGGCCAUUCACCUGCUUGGACUGUGGAAAGGGAUUCACUCAGUCAUCCAAUCUACAGACACACAAGCGAGUUCACACUGGGGAGAGGCCAUUCAUCUGCUCAGACUGUGGCAAGGGAUUUACUCGGUCAUCUGACCUACUGGCACACCAGUUAGUUCACACUGGGGAGAUGCCGUUCACCUGCUCAGAUUGUGGGAAGGGAUUUCCUCGGUCCUGUCAACUGAAGGUUCAUCAGCGAGUUCACACUGGAGAGAGGCCGUUUACCUGCUCAGACUGUGGGAAGGGAUUCACUCAGUCAUCUCAACUGAAGGUACAUCAGAGAAUUCACACUGGGGAGAGGCCAUUCAUCUGCUCAGACUGUGGGAAGGGAUUCACUCGGUCAUUUCUAUUGAAGGAGCAUCAGCGAGUUCACACUGGGGAGAGGCCAUUCAUCUGCUCAGAUUGUGGGAAGGGAUUCACUCAGUCAUCUCAACUUAAGGUACAUCAGCGAGUUCACACUGGGGAGAAACCAUUCAUCUGCUCAGAUUGUGGGAAAGGUUUUCCUGGGUCAUCUCAACUGAAGGUUCAUCAGCGAUUUCACACGCGAGAGAGGCCUUUCAUCUGUUCUGUGUGUGGGAAUGGAUUCACUCAGUCAUCUCAACUGAAGGAACAUCAACGAAUUCACACUGGGGAGAGGCCAUUCACCUGCUCAGACUGUGGGAAGGGAUUCAGUCGAUCAUCUCAACUGAAGGAGCAUCAACGAAUUCAUACUGGGGAGAGGCCAUUCACCUGUUCUGUGUGUGGGAAGGGAUUCACUCAGUCAUCUCAACUGAAGGUACAUCAGAGAAUUCAUACUGGAGAGAGACCGUUCACCUGCUCAGAUUGUGGGAAGGAAUUUUCUCGGUCAUCUCAACUGACAGUACAUCAGCGAGUUCACACUGGGGAGAAACCGUUCACCUGCUCUGAAUGUGGGAAGGCAUUCACUCAGUCAUCCAGCCGACAUAUACACCAGCGAGUUCACACAGGAGUGAGGCCGUUCACCUGUUCUGUUUGUGGGAAGGGGUUCACUAAAUCAUCCCACCUACAGAUACACCAGUCAGUUCACACUGGAGAGAGGCCAUUCAUCUGCUCUGAAUGUGGGAAGGGAUUCACUCAGUCAUCCCACCUUGUGGCACACUAUCGAGUUCAUGCUGGGAAAAAUUUUAAAUAAGCUGCAUGCUGAAUAUAUAAUAAUCACAGUUGCUGAAUCCAGAGGCAAGUUCAAGUUCAAGAGUGACUGUUGGUGACAAACUCUACAAUUAUUGCUGCUGCUCAUCACACCUUUUUCUGCACCCUGGUCGCUCUGCAGUGAAGGAGUUUCUUUAGCUGAUGUUCACCUUUAAUUGAACUAUAGUUUAACAUUCCGGAUCUGACUACUCUAAACUCUCUGUCAGGUAUUUAGUGAACCCACAAUACAUCCAGUGUUCAGCAGGGAGUCAACUCAUCCCAGCUGGUCCCUGCCUUUGACAGUCCUUUUAUAUCCAUACCUGUUGUUCACCUCACUCUCCCUAUGGUUAUGGGUUUGAAACAGUCGCCACUCUGAAGAUGAAGAGGUUUCCUUUGAAUUUUCUGCAUGACUUUCUGCAAAUUGAAAGAGAAAAUGAGCUGACUGCAGUUAUGUCUCACACUCUUCAUCCCUCAAAUCUCUGGGCUGAGGAAGAAUGACAUUAGUGGUUAACCUCCUUAUUCCCUGCUCAUUUCAAUGUUAUGGGUCAUUUUUACUGCUUUUAAAGGGUUUUUUAGAAUUCACCAUUGUCCCUUAAAGUAUAAAAACAAAGUGGAGCAGGGUCAGAAACCUGUGAUGCGUCAGCACAGGGCAGGGUUUGGGUCUCUGCACAGUUGUAGGGGUAAGAAGAUAUUGUUGGCCAGAAAGAACUACAAUUAGUGAACAAGAAUGGAAGUGGCCAUUUUGUGAGACUGUCCUUCCUGUUGCGAUUAUGUGAACUAUUUGAUGAAUUGAUUCUUGCUCUGGGAGCAAUUGAACAUGGACACAAGGAGUUUCUGCUAAUGAUUUGCAAAACCUGAAACCAUUCUCAGAUAAGCUGUUUAUUGUGUAAAAUGGCAGAUUUGUAGAAGAUUUUGUCAUUUGAGCCCAGAAUCUGGGUGACCUGGUUUGAAUCAGUCAGAGUUGAAUAGAACAAAAUACGACAGACACCAAAGGCAUGAAGUUGAAGGUGAAGGCCACAGAAGAAUACUGCUUGAAGCCCUGGGCUACAUUCAUUGGGAAUCUGACACAGGUCUGCCUGAUUACCUUGAGCCAAUGAAAUUGAAACAUCAUAGAUUGGCCUGACAAGGAAAAGUAUAAAAAUAGAUGAUUUUGGGGGUUCAAGCAGCAAUAACUCUCUGAAGACCGACCAUCGUGAACGUGGAGGAACCCACGUUGGACAGGUGGAGAUCACAUCAGGACCAUGAGGAAUGUCUGGCCAGCAUAGGUGCUUUUUUCCCGGGUAUUAUCUUUUUUAUUCUUUGAUUGUUCACAAAGAUUCAAGGAAACCUAGCAGGUGUGCACACAAUUGGGCAGUAUGUGAAUUCACAUGCUUGUUAGUUGAGACAAUAAAGGUACAGUAAGUACAGAUUCUCUCUGUGCCUAACUGAUCAUCAUUACUAAGGGGUAAUCUUUGCAACAGAAUUGGCAACCCUGGUUCCAUAUGGGUGAAGUUUAGAGAGAUCUGGGGCUGGGUAGUUAGUUACUGCUGGUACAGCAUGAAAAAUUAAGGGAAUUCUGCAAGUCCGAAGGACUUGGAUUGUUUUGAUUUGAGGGGGUUCCUCCAGAAAUAUGUAUUGGGGAAGCGGCCACAAUAUAAAGAAUUUUGCUGGUCACGCUGGCAGCAAAAGAAAUACUGCUGGGGAAGCUGUCAGGAAAUUUAAACCAUUCCACCAGCCAGCAGUAGCUGGCAGUUUAAUUGAGGAUUAAUGUUGGCAGGAAGCUAAACUAGAGUAAAACUAAUUAGAAGAGGAAAUUAAGAGGCUUUGCAGGGAGGUAGUAUACCUUAAGGUUACUGAUAUACAGCGAAGUAUGAAUUUGAUACAUAUGAACCAGUUUCAGCUAAAAUGUAUGAAACUGGUUAAAGAAAGGAGGUAAUUAAAAGAAGAAGCCCAAGUGGCUAAAAAUGAUGUACAAGGGGUUGAUGAAACAGUGCAGUGAUUUAAAGAUGGCUGUGAGUGUGAUGCAGAAAUCAGUACAUGAAAAGUAAUACUGGAGAUCAAACAGAGUGCUUAAAGCAGAUACAAAAGCUGCAGGGCCAAUUUGCUGCACAGAGGGGAAUAAUAUGUGCUUUUGGAUCUGAAAGAGGUGAGGAGAGUGAAAAUGGAGAUAUAGAUUAGAGCAAUUUAGCAGCUGAUGUAGCUAGAUUUGAUUAUGAUAAUGAGCAUUCCCCCCAACGUACAACCAAAAAGAGGCUACCCUACCCUCAGUGUGAUUGCUCCCCUAAUUACUAUCAGAGAGGGAGGAAAUGGGGCAGAAAAUCAAAACCAAAUAUACCAUACACUAUGCCAUUUGGGGUACAGCAACUAAGGGAUAUAUAUGCCCUGGAAUGACCCUAGGGAGCUGUUCCAAGCAAUUAGUUACAAGAGAGCAAUACGCAGUCUAGAUGGUGCUACAGAAGAGAGAUUGGUUACAAUGUGCUUGCAUCCAAACAUACACCCAACUUUGCCAGAAGCACAGUAACAUGCUGGGGGAACGAAUGAGGAGUUAAGGAUGGCCACACUGACUGUUAUGGGUAACAACAGCAGAGACCCAAUAGAUGAGUUAUGUAGAUGUUACCAGAAGAAAGGAGAACGCUCCACUGCAUCUGUAGAUGGUGUUCCAAGGGGUGUAAGGUUUAACAUUAGAUUGGGAUCAUUUUGAACUAGAACUCACAAAUAAAUGGUUAAAACAUUGGUUGUCUCAUAACACAGAGAAAUCUAGAAAGAUGUUGGAACUGCUGAUACCAGAAACCCUACACAUACUGAAAAAUGGGCACUUAGGAAAAUUAUUAGACAAUGGGAGAAGGAAGUGCAGGAGUUAGAUUUUAACUUUAGGAAUACUUCAGCUAAAGCGUUUCCCCUUUAAGAAGAUUGAGGGGACAUUGUGUGGAGAAAUGCAGGUCAGGAUAGACUGCAGAGAGAUUGCAGAAGUAGCACAGAGCUGGAGUGCACCUUCAUCCAAUCACGAAAACUGUUGUGGGGGGCAAACAUCCCAGUUCAAUGCUUAAAUCUGCUGUUUCAGCUGUGGUAAUGUGGGUUCAUUAUACCCAGAACAGUACAGCAAACAGUUCAUUUAAUGUGAAUCUUAACAGACAUCAGGGAUUAGGGUUACAGAAAGGUCAGAAUAUGUUGGAAUUUUGAUUAAUCUGGGGAUGCCAUGCUUUAACCUUGUUAGUUGAAUGUAUACUUUGCAUGAUGAAUAACUUACAGUAUUUAUUUGUUUUAAAGUCUUAAAGUAACACAUUUCUUCAGUUGUGUUUGUUUGUAACCAUGUUUUGGAGCAAGGGAUUUUCUGAAAUGGUGUGUUUCAAAUGUGAAGUGUGGCCACAUGUGACAUGACUUCACGAGAGAGAGAAUGAAUGUGUGUGCGAGUGUGUGCAAAAGCUGUUACAUAUUUGGCCGAUCAAUAUUGGGAGGAAGUUUGAAUGAAUCCUCUGCUUCAGAGGAUAAGGUGCAUUAGGGUUAGGGUUUAGUUGAAAUAUUUUGCUAUUCAGAAAUGAAUUUAAAGGAGCUCUUUUAAGCGGUUGUAUGAAUGCCUCGUGGGAUUCCACACAGCGGUUUUCUUUCCUUUGUUCUUUGAAAAAUGUCUUAAAGGUUUUCAUGGUGGGCAUUAACUGUUAAUUCUAAGUUUUGCAGUUGAAGGAAGAAGAGUACUAGCAUGGAUUUUUCUUUGGAAUAAUGAGUUUUUGGUUUGUGUUUCUUUAUUCCUUUUCCAUGGAAUUGGGUUUAGAGGCCGGCUUUCACGUUAGCCACGUGGAAUCCAGGUUAUGGUGAUGGAAAUCUGUGCAACUUUAUUCCGGAUAUGAGAGGCCCACAUUUUAGAGGGAAAUGAGCAUUUGGGGAAAUUCCUUAUUGCUGGACAGUUUGAAAUUAACAUUUGGAAGAUUGGAAGUGGGAAUUUGAAAUUAAUAUUUGGAAGAUUGGAAUGUAUGGGGAGCAAUCCUAAAAGUUGUUUUUACUAAUAUAAAAGAUGUUUCCCAAGACUUUAGACAUGUAGACUUUGAGUUUGAAAUUUUGAAAAAUAUUUUAAAAUUUUGAGCAAUCAUAGUGUUUAUCAUGUAAAUUACAAAUGAAAGUUUAAUUUAAAUAUUGGGCUGGUGAAAAAAGCAGUUAUGCAUUAAUUCCCUCACCAUUUUAAAGCUCAUAUCUUAUUCAGCUGCUGCUGAAUGGUCAGUCAGCCCUGACAUUGCAGUGUUAAGAUAUAGUUAUAAAGGGUAUUAAAGUUUCAACCUUGAACUGCAUGGAUGUCAGGAUAUGAUAGCAAAUAAUCCUGAGUAUUUGUAUCAAAACAAAAAGGGGAAAAGUGGAAGAAGAUCAGAUAAAGCAAUAACCAAUAACAAAGACACAAAGGAAAAGCUUUAUCUUUUGUAGAUUGUUUCUCACCUGUACAGGAUAGUGAGAGGAAGACCAACUGUGGGAAAUAUGUGAGGGUAAAAGAAAACAAAGUCAUAAAAAAUUAAAGCUCACUCAAAAGUUAUCCCAAGGGGGAAUAAUAAGGCUAAUAAGUUUGCAAAACAAGGUAUUGCAAACAGGGCAGUUGCAGAUUGGCCAAAUUGAGAGGCAAAAAGAGCAACAUAUUAAGAUUAUGGCUUUAAGAUGAGAAAAAAUAAAAACAUGUACAAUAACUUCUAGAAGAGGCAGGAAUGUACAAAGAGCAUACGGGAGUGCUUACUAAAAGUGUGAAAUUUCUGGGUCUGGAGGGGGAAUGAAACCAAAUGACCCACUGAUGCCAUAAACUAUGGGAUUAUCAGGGUGCUGAAAGUGCUCUGGAAAGAAUAAAAGUGUAAACUCUUAAACACAAGAUGAAGGGGAAAACGUAUUUUGUUGUAAUGGAAUUAAUAAUGAUUGGGGCUAUGGUUGGUCUUGCUCCAGGAUCAUUACAGCAGACAAAUGUGUCAACAGUGAUGUUGCUACUUGGAAAAUAUUCAGUGAUCAAAGACAACUUUUCACAGUGGAUUUGGGUAAUGCAAAGCUAAUGAGGGAGUAAUGGUGAUUUAAAUUUGUAUUGUGCUGGUCUGACAUGCAUGGAUGAAGUCUUAGGUACCCCAAAGGGUAUGGAUGUAUAGUUUUUAUACAAAAUUCUCCAGGUGACAUUAUCAAGUAUCCUAGAGGGAAUGAUCAUGAGUCAUCUUUUGGGUCCAAUUAUUGAACAGCCAUCAGGUAAUAAUGGCUGCAGUAUGAUUACAGUUCCGUGGGAUAUGUCUGGGGCAUUGAUUCACGCAAGAAAUAUCUACUGAGGUGGUUAGAACCAAGUACUUUCCAUAGGAUGCUUCAUUCAUUAACUGUGCAGCGGAAGACAUUGUGCAUGGAGGUUGGUAGAGUAAAAAGGGUUCACAGUGUGGACAAAUAUGAGAAGGCUUCAAUAUCCUUAAGUAACCCACCAACACAUGCUAUUGUUAUGAAUGGUACUGGGAAAGGGAUGGAUUCAUCAAGAUGCCUUAAGAGAGAAGACUACUGAGCUUGCCCAGAAGAAAUAACGACAGAAAUUUACAAACUUAUGAAAGUUGUUUGGUGUGGACUUUUUCUGUGAAUAAUCAGUCUGUCUUGCAAUAUACCUUAGUAUAACAGACAUAUAGCAACAGCAGCCACUAGUUAUACUAAGGGAUGGAAACAGUGCUCUUUGAAACGUCACAUAUCGCAAUUGGGGAUAUGACUUUAGAAGUGGUUAUUGGAAGAUGAACUUUCCCUCAGCCAGCACUAAACAUGGUAAUGAAGCAGAACUCACAAUCCAGUGCACUGGUACGGAUCAAUACUUGUAGGACUGUCGUUACAGAGUUGCUACCAAUUCCUUACUUGACUGCAGAAUGGACGUGUUGUGGAGGAGGCAAAGGAGAUAAUCCAUCAAUGGACUAAACACAGUAAAGGAGUUUGGACACAUGUUGGUAAUUCAAAUGAAGUAUUGUGUGAUUCAAACUUUUAGAUUAAGUUUUGGAACUGGGAAUCCAUUGUUCAAAUAUAUCUGUGGGUGAGAAGAGUAAUGCAUGCUACUGUAAUAGUACUUUUAUGUACAUUAAUUGUUAAUGCUUAAUGUAUAUCAACUUAGAAGUUAGAAGGCUGAAAUUACACAAAAAAUAGACAAUAAUGGUCUUAUAAAACAGAAGAAACAAUCUCUGGUAUAAAAUGUGUGUAAAAAUUCAUUAAGUAAAUGUUACUUUUGCAUUUAUAUAUUGUGAGUGUUGCACACCUGCAGGUAGUCCAUAUGAGCCAACAGAAUUCAAGGAUGAUGAUGAUCCUAAAAUAAUUAUCUUUGGAUCAAGAGGAGGAAGAUGUUGGACAGAGAGAACUACAGUCAGUGAACAGGAAUGGAGGUGGUCAUUUUGUGAAACUGAUCUUGCAACUGCCAUUUGUGAAUUGUUUGAUGAACUGAUUCAUGCCCUGGGAUAACUUAACCAGAACAAAUGAACAUGGACCCUAGGAAUUUCUGCUAAUGAUCUGCUAAACCUAAGACCAUUUUCAGAUAAGACCAUAAGGUAUAGGAGCAGAAAUAGGCCAUCUGGCCCAUUGAUUCUAACUGAAAUUUCAUCAUGACUGAUCCAUUUCUCUCUCAGACCCAAUUUCCUGCCUCUCCCUGCAUCUCUCCAUGCCCUGACUAUCAUGACAACAUAAGAAAUGGGAGCAGGAGUAGACCAUCCGUCCCAUCAAGCCUGCCCCGCUAUUCAACAAGAUCUUGGCUGAUCUGUCCGUAAACUCAGCUCCAUCUACCUGCCUUUUCCCCAUAACCCUUAAUUACCCUCUUAUAUAAAAAUCUAUCUAAUUGUAUCUUGAAUAUGUUUAGUGAAGAAACCUCAAUUACUUCCUUGGACAGAGAAUUCCACAGAUUCACCACUGUCUGGGAAAAACAGAUUCUUCUCAUCUCCGUCCUAUAUUUUCUCCCCUGAAUCUUGAGGCAAUAUCCCCUAGUUCUAGUCUCACCUACCAAUGGAAACAGCUUUCCUACUACUAUCUUAUCUAUCCCUUAAAAAAUUUUGUAUGUUUCUUUAAGAUCCCCUCUCAUUCUUAUGAAUUCCAGAGAGUAUAGUCCCAGGCAACUCAAUCUCUCCUCAUAGGGUUAACCCCUUCAUCUCUGGAAUCAACAUGGUGAACCUCCUCUGCACUGCCUCCAAACCCAGUAUACCCGUCCUCAAGCAUGGAGACCAGAACUGCACACAGUACUCCAGGAGCGGCCUCACCAGUACCCUGAAUAGUUGCAGCAUGACCUCAUUGCUCUUGAAUUCAAUCCCUCUAGCAAUGAAAGCCAACAUUCCGUUUGCCUUCUUAAUAACCUGUUGUACCUGCAAGCCAACUUUUUGCGAUUCUUGCACAAGCACUCCCAAGUUCCUCUGCACAACAGCAUGUUGCAAUCUUCCACCAUUCAAAUAAUAAUCUGUUCUUCUAUUAUUCCUUCCAAAGUGGAUGAUCUUGCAUUUACCAACACUGUAUUCCAUCUGCCAGACCUUGGCCCAGUCAGUUAACCUAUCUAUAUCCCUAUGCAGACUCUCCACAUUCUCUGUACAAUUUGCUUUUCCACUCAGUUUAAUGUCAUCAUCAAAUUUUGCUGCACUACAGUCAGUCCCCUCUUCCAAAUCAUUAAUGUAAAUGGCAAACAGCUGCGGGCUCAGCACUGACCCCUGCAGCAUCUCACUCAUCACUGACUGCCAACUGGAGAAACACCCAAUUAUACCAACUCUCUGCCUUCUAUUAGUUAACCAAUCCACUAUCCAUGCCAAUACACUUCCUCCAACUCCAUGCAUCUGUAUCUUAUUUGUAAGUCUUGUGUGGCAGCUUAUCAAACACCACAUGGAAAUCCAAGUAUGUGACAUCCACCUGUUCCCCUCUAUCCACUGCACUCAAGAAUUUAUCAACCUCUGCCUCAAAUAUAAACAAAUAUUUGGCCUCCACAGCUGUCUGCGACAAUGAAUUCCACACUUACACCACACUCUGACUAAAGAAAUUCUGCCUCAUCUCCAUUCUAAAAGUACAUCCCUCUAUUCUGGGGCUGUGUCCUCUGGUCUUAGACUUCCCCACCAUAGGAAACAUAUUCUCCACAUCCACUCUAUUGAGGCCUUUUAACAUUAGAUAGGUCUAAAUGAGAUUUGCCUCAUUCUUCAUAAUUCCAGUGAAUAGAGGCCCAAAGCCAUCCACUCCUCAUGUGAUGAGCCUUUCAAUCCUGGAAUCAUUUUUGUGAACUUUUUUGGACCCUCUCCAAUGACCACACAUCCUUUCUUGGCUAAGGGGCCCAAAACUGCUCACAAUACUCCAAGUGAGGCCACACCAGUGCCUUAUAAAGCCUCAACAUUACAUCCUUGCUUUUAUAUUCCAGUCCUCUUAAAAUGAAUUCUAAUGUCGCAUUUGCCUUCCUCAAAUUGCAAAUUAACCGACCCAACUUAUAAGUUAACUAUUAGAAAAUUCAAGGACUUCCAAAUCUCUUUGCACCUCCAAUUUUUGAAUUUUCUCACCAUCUAGAAAAUAGUCUUAAGCUUUUAUUUCUUCUACAAAGUGCAUGACUGUACGUUCCUUGACACUGUAUUCCAUCUGCCAUUUCAUUGCCCAUUCUCCUAAUUUGUCUGUGUCGUUAUGUAGCCUCUCUACUUCCUCAACACUACCUGCCACUCCACUUUAUAUCCUCAAACUUGGCCACAAAGCCAUCAAUUUCAUCAACCAAAUCAUUGACAUAUAACAUAAAAAGAAGCAGUUCUAAAACAAACCCUGUGGAACACCACUAGUUACCACCAGCCAACCAGAAAAUGCUCCUUUAUUCCCAUUCUUUGCCUCCUGCCAGUCAGCCACUGCUUUAUCCAUGCUAGUAUCUUUCAUGUAAUACCACGGGCUCUUAACAUGUUAAGCAGCCUCAUGUGUGGCAACUUGUCAGAUUCCUUCUGAAAAUCCAAGUACUGUACACAACAUCCAUCAAUUCUCUUUUGUCUAUCUUGCUUGUUAUUCCUUCAAAGAAUUCCAACAGAUUUGUCAGGCAAGAUUUCCCCUUGCAGAAACCUUACUGACUACAGCUUAUUUUAUCAUGUGCCCCAAGACCACAUCCUUAACUAUCGACUCCAGUAUCUUCCAGUAUAGGCUAACUGGCCUAUAAUUUCCUUUCUUCUGCUGCUCCCCCUUCUUGAAGAGAGAAGUGACAUUUGCAAUUUUCCGGUCCAUUAAGGUUUCAUUUACCUUCAAUUCUCUAAUCAAUUCCAGUUCAUUACACAAUACCCAAUCCAGAAUAGCUGACCCUUUAGUGGGCUCAACCAUAAGUUGUUCUAAAAAGCCAUUUCUUAGGCAUUCUAGAAAUUCCCCCUCCUGGGAUCCAGCACCAACCUGAUUUUGCCUAUCUACCUGCGUAUUGAAAUCCCCCAUGAUUGUCAUAAUGUUCCUUUUGACAUGUAUUUUCUAGCUACCAUUAAUUGUAGGCCAUGUUUACUACUGUUCAGAGUUCUGUAUAUAACUCCCAUAAGGGUCUUUUUACCAUUGUAGUUUCUUAGAUCUACCCACAAUGAUUUUACACCUUCUGAUGUAUGUCAUCUCAAAUCUAAUGAUUUGAUUUCAUUUUUUUACCAAUAUAGCCCAUUCUGCCAGCCUGCCUUUCCUUCUCAUACAAUGUGUAUCCUGAAAGAUUGCAAAUGUCACUCCACUCUUUAAGAAGGGAGGAAGGCAAAAGAAAUUAUGGGCCAGUUAGUCUGACCUUAGUGGUUAGGAAAGUGUUGGAAUAUAUUAUUAAGGAUGAGGGUUUUGAGAUAUUUGGAAACUAAUGAUAAGUCAAAGUCAGCAUGGUUUCUGCAAAGGAAACCUUGCCUGAUAAAUCUGUUAGAAUUUUUGAGGAAGUAACAAGCAGGGUGGACAAAGUAGAGGCAACGGAUGUCAUUUACUUGGAUUUUCAGAAGGCAUUUGCUAAGGUGCCACACAAGAGGCUGCUUAACAAGAUAAAAUCCUAUGGCACUACAGGAAAUAUACUGGCAUGGAUAGUGGAAUGGCUGACAGGCAGGAGGCAACGAGUUGGGAUAAAAGGGGCCUUUUCUGGUUGGUUGCUGGUGACUAGUAGUGUUCCUCAGGGGUCAGUAUUGGGAUUGCUGCUUUUCAUGUUGUUUGUCAAUGAUUUAGACAAUGGAAUUGAUGGCUUUGUGGCAAAGUUUGCAGAUAGUUGGAGGGGUAGUUCGUGCUGAGGAUGUAAUGCAAUUACUGCAGGACUUAGGCAAAUUGGAAGAAUGGGCAAGAAAGUAGCAGAUGGAAUUAGUGUUGGGAAAUGUAUGAUAAUGCCGAAUUUGGAAUAUUGUGUACAGUUCUGGUCACCAAAUUAUAGGAAAGAUGUCAACAAAAUAGAGUACAGAGGAAAUUUACUAGAAUGUUACCUGGGUUUCAGCACCUAAGUUACAGAGAAAGGUUGAACAAGUUAGAUCUUUAUUCUUUGGAGCGUAGAAAGUCGAGGGGGGACUUGAUAGAGGUAUUUAAAAUUAUGACGGGGAUAGAUAGAAUUGACGUGGAUAGGCUUUUUCCAUUGAGAGUAGGGGAGAUUCAAACAAGAGGUCAUGAGUUGAAACUUAGGGGGCAAACAUUUAAGGGUAACAUGAGGGGGAAUUUCUUUACUCAGAAAGUGGUAGCUGUGUGGAAUGAGCUUCCAGUAGAAGUGGUACAGGCAGGUUCAGUAUUGUCAUUUAAAGCAAAAUUGGAUAGGUAUAUGGACAGGAAAGGAAUGGAGGGUUAUGGGCUGAGUGUGGGUCAGUGGGAUUAGGUGGGAGUAAGCGUUUGGCAUGGUCUAGAAGGGCCAUGAUGGCCUGUUUCCGUGCUGUAAUUGUUAUAUGGUUAAUGCAUUUUGGUAAAAGGAACAAUAGUGUGGACUAUUAUCUAAAUGGGGAGAAGGUUCAAACAUCAGAACAUAGAACUGUACAGCACAUUACAGGUCCUUCGGCCCACAAUGUUGUGCCGACCCUCAAACCCUGCCUCCCAUAUAACCCCCCCACCCCCCACCUUAAA